CAGCGCCGGCGCCGGUCGGUCGGCCGGUCAGCGGCGUCAGUCGGGCCGCCGCCAGCAGCGGGGCGGGAGCGUCACCGACUGUCACCUGCCGCUGACCGGGACCGGGCGGCCCAACCAUGACGUGGACGGCGCCAGGGUGUGUCGCCAUGAGCUGGUGCCUGGUUCUGGUGGCCGCGCUGACGGUGGCCGCCUCGCGGCUGGCGCUCACCGGCGCCGAUGAGUGCAAACUGACGCCGGUCGUGCACGUGCUCCAGUACCCGGGCUGUGUGCCCAAGCCGAUUCCGUCGUACGCCUGCGUCGGCCACUGCACCAGCUAUGUGCAGGUCUCCGGCAGCAAACUGUGGCAAACGGAGCGCUCCUGCAUGUGCUGCCAAGAGAGUGGCCAGCGAGAGGCCUCCGUCUCAAUCUUCUGCCCCAAGGCCAAACAAAGCGACCAAAAGUUCCGAAAGAUCGUGACCCGGGCGCCGGUCGAGUGCAUGUGCCGGCCGUGCACCCAGGCCGAGGAGAGCAAGGCCAUCCCGCAGGAGGUGGCCGGCUUCGUCUCCGGCGGUAUGUCGCUCGAGUCGAUGCCGUUCGUCUGAUGUGCGCGCCGGACCGGACCGGACCGGCGCGGCGGCCGGCCGGCCCCAGUCCUCCGACCGGCCCAGUGAAUAGAUACAGUGCAUAAACCGGCCCGACCGGGGGAGACAAAAUGUGCCUGAUGUUCUCUGAAACUGAAAACAAUACACGCCGCACGGCCAGCCCGA